AUGGAAGAAUUGAAUCAAGAUAUGUGGUGGGAGAGAGAAAAUUCAAGCCAAUAUCAAUGUUAUAAUGAUCUCUACUAUGAGUCAUAUAAUGAUGAUACAUGUGAUGAUCCAUAUCAUGAUGAUUGUUGGUGGACUGACGAUUCAACUCAAAGCCAACACCAUGAAUCACCUUGUUUUCUGGAGGACCAUGAAUCAGAUGAAUCUUCAUUUAGCAAAAAGUUGGAUCAAAUGUUGGACAUAUUGACUGAAACCUUCAACAAAGAAGAAGACAACUCCAAGUCAAUUUCAGUUAUUGAAAAACAGUUAGAACAUAUAGCUAAGAACCUCAAUCAACAACCUUCAGACAAUCUUUCAAACACUACGCUGGUUAAUGAGGUAACUUUUCCAUGUAGUGAUAAAUUAUUUGAUAACAAAGUGCAUAAACUUACACAACCUGAAUUAGAGCUUGUGGUGGAGGAUUAUGUAUCUUUAAAUGAUCAGAAGACUGAGAGUAUUUCUGAAAUCAAAGAAGUUGAAAUUGAAUUGGAUAAGUAUAAUGAAGAUUUUCAUGAGUUGGAAGAGUCCAAAGUUGGGGAGGGGUUUGUGGAGGCUAAUACCAUCCCCUACACAAUAAUUUUGAAAAAACAUGAAGCACAACUUUUUGUUCUAACGGAUUCUAAAAUAAAUUCCAAAUACAAACAAACAAAUUUAAUCAUUGACCGCCCCUUAUUAGCAACCAUCUAUGCUCAGAUUGGUUGUCACGAAGGUGCAAUUGAUAUGUUAUUUGGAAACCAUAAGGUGAGAUGUCUUGUGUUUGGACCUACUAAUGAUUCUCUAAUCAGUGGUGAUUACUGUGUAAUCAAUACUAUUCAUGAUUAUGUCUAUGAGCAUACAACAAAUAUGCUCUCCGACACCACCCUCGAUUUGGAGAAAGUUUUCUCAUGUAACAGGUCAAAAUCAUUGGAUAAUAGUGGGAUUCAACACAUGGAAAGAAAGUUGUGGAACAAAAAACAUGAUGCAACACAUGCCUACAAAUCAAAAAUGAAAGCGUUACAUGAUAUCAAGCAUCGAUUAAAGAAGUUUACUAGAUGGAAAGAUGCAUGA